UUUGUCUUCCAGCGCUUUGAUUUAUUGCAAAAGGAAAUUGGGACUUCCGUACACUGUUUUUUUGCUGUGGAUUUAGCGGUUCGCUUUUUUUUUACUUUUACUUUUUGAUUCAACGCAGGGCGUUUAACUUUUACCGAAAAAAUAUAAAAACCUUGAACAAUGGCGCUCAUCACCGUGCUCGCGUGGAUUGUCAUCUCAUUUGCACUUCCAAUCUUCCUCUUUGGCACACGUCUCGGAAAGCCUCGCGCCGUGACUGUCGGAACGGCCACCCCAACUCGCAGCAAGCCUCGUCGCUGCAUAAAGUCUCUUCAUGGCCUCGCUCACCAGCCUUACCCCGGUGUCACCACUCUUUACGAAUUGCUCAACUACUCGGUUAAAGUCAAUGGCCAAAAGCGUGCCAUGGGCGCCCGAAGGAUUGUCCGUCAGGUUCAAGAGGAAAAACAAGUCACAAAAAUGGUGGACGGACAGCCAGUACAGGAAACCAAAAAGUGGAACUUUUAUGAACUCUCCCCUUUCUCUUGGAUGACGUACACAGAUGUCAAGGAAGUUACCACACGCAUUGGUGCGGGUUUGAGGAAAAUUGGCUUGAACCCAGGGGACAAGUUGACUCUCUUUGCCAGUACCAGUCGCGACUGGCAACUCGUUGCCCACGGAUGCUGGACUCAGAGUUUGACCAUCACGACAGCUUACGACACGCUUGGUGAAGAGGGCCUCAGCUUCUCCCUUAACGAGUGUGAAGUGACCACCAUGUUCACCAACGCUGAACUCUUGAAAAUGCUUCUCCGCAUUGGCUCCAAGGUUACAACACUCAAGAGAAUCAUUUACAAUGGUCAGGCGGAUGCCUCUCUCUUGGAACAGAUCAAAUCCGCUUUCCCCUCCUAUGAACUGUACACCUUGGACCAAAUUCAAGAAUUUGGACGAAACCAUCCCGUAGACCCCGUGCCUCCCAAGCCAGAAGACACUUGCUGCAUCAUGUACACAUCAGGUUCUACUGGAAACCCUAAGGGUGUCAUGUUAACUCACGCGAACAUAAUUGCUGGAGUCGCUGGGGCAAAGGUGGUGACCGACCUUGUCGUCACAAAGGAAGAGUACUACCUCGCCUACCUUCCUUUGGCUCACGUUCUCGAACUGCUCGUUGAGCAACUUGCCCUCGGAGAAGGUGUCUGCAUUGGCUACGGAAGCGUGCGCACGCUCACCGAUGCAUCCGUCCGCAACUGCCGUGGUGAUCUCCGCGAAUUGCGUCCUACUAUUAUGACUGGUGUACCUGCCGUUUGGGAGACCAUUCGCAAGGGCGUUGCCACCAAACUCAAAGAUGCGUCUCCAACGAAGAGAAAGAUUUUUGACCUUGCCUGUACCCUCAAGUGGCAACUCUUGAAGCACGGUCUCCCUACCGGCUUCCUUGACAAUACCGUGUUCAAGCCCAUCAAGGACCAGACCGGUGGGCGAUUGCGGGUUGCCUUAUCAGGUGGUGCGCCUAUGCCCAAGGAGACCCAGCGGUUCAUGACAACAUGUGUGACCACUAUCAUCCAAGGUUACGGAAUGACAGAGACCUGCGCUGCUACCGCCAUCCAGCUUCCCACUGACCCAUGGAUGCUUGGCCGUGUGGGCCCGCCUUCGGGCAGUGUCGAAAUCCAGCUGGUCGCUGUCGAGGACACAAAGUACUCGCCGAACAACCGUCCUCGUCCUCAAGGAGAAAUCUGGAUCCGCGGUCCCUCAGUCAUGAAAGGUUACUACAAGAACCCAAAAGCAACUGCCGAAACUCUGACCGAAGACGGCUGGCUUAUGACCGGAGAUAUCGGCGAGUUCCAUCCUGAUGGCACCCUUGCCAUUAUUGACCGUAAAAAGAACCUCGUCAAACUCUCGAAUGGAGAAUACAUUGCUCUUGAGAAACUCGAAUCACAAUACAAAAUGUCGCCGUAUGUUGCCAAUAUCUGCGUGUAUGGUGACUCGGAGCAAGGAUUCGCUGUCGCCAUCAUCAACCCUAUCGAAAAGGAGAUUGUCCAGCUGGCCCAGGAAAAAGGCAUUGUCGACGGUGUGCACCACGUUGAACUCGAGGACUUGUGCAAGAACAAGCAGAUUGUGUCUGCCGUGUUGAGUAACUUACGAAGUGUCGCCAAGAAGGCUGACUUUAAGCCCGCAGAGAUUUUGGGUAACAUUGUCUUGGCUCAUGAGUUGUGGACGCCCGAGAAUGGAUUCUUGACUGCCGCGCAAAAACUCAAGCGCAAGGAAAUUGUUGAACUUCACAAGCAAGAGAUUGAUGCCAUGUACGCUGCGGGCAAGCAGUAAGGGACCACGUCCUUGCAUGAAGGUGCCCUUGUGCGUGCAUGCUCGCGGGGUUGGCACAUGCAUGCUGAAGGUGCCUGUGGCAUACCCUUCAUUUUUUUAUUUUUGUAUUUAUGUCGCCGGGAUGAUUGGGCUGUGGUUUUGUCAGAUUGAUGUAGUGAGGAUACCGUUUGUAGGAUUUCAUUUGGAUUGGAGGUUGUAAGGCCUAUCCAACAUACAAAACGCACGUAAUAGACAAUAGGCUAGCUUUUUACCACUG